UUUUUAUUUAUUUUGAUAGCAAUACAUUGUUAAAAAUUCAUACUAUUGCGCAUCAUUGACUCUGUUUUUAGCCACACAUUUUCCUUUUUAUUACAUUGCAUACUUAUGUCGGAGCUUGUCGCCUACGAGGACUCUCCACUAGGCGAGUACUUGAAAGAGAUCGAGUCAGCAGAAGCUCUAGUCAUUGAUCAAAAGGAUACAUUGCCAGACAAGCAAAACUUGCCAACCGUGUAUGAUCGUGUGCACCGUUGGGCAAAUCAACUAUCUUUGCAUAUUUCUGAAGCAUUGCGAUACACAUCGGCACAACACAUUGGCUUGGCAACAAAAGUAUUAGAGACAUCAAUUGCGAUUAUUUCAGAGUCUGGCUUGUUGGAAGACAAGUACACGCCAAAGUCCAAGCUGGUAGCAGCUCAGCGCGCCGCAGAUAACAGCUAUUUUACUCCAGCUACAGGUCUAGAGCGCAGGGGUGCGGCCUUUGGUGCAGCACGGAGCAUGCUAUCGCCGAUAAUUCUUGGCGGUAGCACGUUUAAAUUGGCUAAGGUUGAGCCCAAAUCUCUCAGUGCGCUUUGUAUUGCGGUGCUAACUGGGGCAGCAGUAGCAAGCAUUGCAGUUACAGCUGCAUGGCGGCAGGCGCGAUUAGAAUCGGCUUUAGCAGUCACACACACUUGCAUUGACCGAAUUCAGACAAUGGUUCGCGGCAGCCGCUCACUGGACAUUGCGCUGCAACGCGCAUUGCGGUCUGUCCGGGAGAUCGAGUUUGUGUCUAGAGGAUAUCGCCUGCCGCACUCCGGGGGAGCUUUCUCGGCAAUUGCUGCCAGGCCAGGACUGGGUGCUAUGUGGGCGGCCAACCAUACGCGGGAGACAAUCAAUACGGUUCUGACGCGGUCUAUCGACGAGUUAUUUGUGUUACUCGGUGACCAGCUGCCACAGCAUAUGGAGAUGAGCGUUUCGGCGCUGCAGUGUGAGCUCGCCGAAUUGUCUGAUUCAGAUGCUCUGUCCUUGGAUAUGCUCAGACAUAAAUUCGAUUUGCAUUUUGCCCUGCGCAAGCAGUGGCUUGAAUUCACUCUUCACGCAUUAGAGCUCUUGACGGAGCCAAGCAUCAGCCACGCGCGGCUUUUUCACUCCCUUGAACGGGUAUCUGCUCAAGUGCAAUGCGUCCAUCUAUCAGCAAUAAACGCGACUGGCGAUAUUAGAAGGGUCCAAGAGGCACAGUACACAUCCAGGCGGUGGGAGUCGCUGGCUGCGACCACGCCUUCUGAUGACCCGAGUGUUCCAGAUAAUAAUGCACCUGCUCGCCUGCUUAACAGAAUGGCAGAUACUUUGGAAACAAUACAGGCGAAACUCUACGUAUGCCGAGAAUCUACCAACACUGUCAACACUAAUAUCUCGGGCCAGACAGACAGUAUUGACCAGGGCGUGGCUCCUGAGAACAUCGCGCGUAUCUUUGCUUCGUUAAAAUCUGACAUUGAAACGCUCAAUAUUCAGUAUCAGGAGACCCUCACCAGCCUGACUUGCCCUGACCCAGCCUUUGCCAAUGAUUCGAACAAGGGUUGUUUUAGUGCAGGUUUUCCGAGCGAUGCGGAUUUGGGCUGCAAAGUUGAUUUUGAUGCGGUCCCUGAAGGAACGCGCGUUUUUGGAUAUACACCACUCGGCGCCGAAGAUCUGGAUGCGCCUGAAAUGGUCUUUGAAGCCGAUGUUGAACUUGCAAAUGGAAACAACAAACCAAAGCUGUCGGGUGUCGAUCGCAGUGAACGAAUCCGCGCACAAAGACAGCGCCGGGAAAUAGAGCAAGAGGCGGCUGUGAAAAGAGGCGAGAUAAGCAGCAUGCUGCUGGAACUCAAAUCCGCAAUUGGAGGCCGGACCAAGCCAAAACCAGACACAGACACAGACGCAAACGCAAACAUAACAGAGCUGUGACGUUCGAAUCUUUCAAAAUGUGGCAAUUUGAAAACACUACCACCAACAGAUGUUGUGCUUUAAAAU